AUGCAAAGACCAGGUUCCGCGAAUCAACGGCAUACUCAUCCACUUUCCGCUUUUGCAAAUAGGCUCCCACAGCAUACAGGCCACGCAGCAGCAGCUUCUCCCGCUUCCAGUCCUGGCGCCGCCAUCAACGCAGCUAUGUACCCAUAUCUUCAAGGCGGUCCACGCAUGAUGGGCUCGUUUCCGGGCAUGCCACAAUCACAACAGGGUGGUACUGGUGGCUUUCCAUUCGGAGGAUCAGGGGGGUCAAACAACACGACAGGCGCAGCGAGUUUGGCAUCGCAAUUGGCUGGUCUCUCGGGUCAGACGGCAGGACAAUCUCAAGCGCAGGGCCAAGGAGGAGAGCUUAACCUCAGCGACUUUCCGGCGUUGGGUGGUGGCCAGGGUCAGCAGGGGGGCGCACCCGGUCUUGCUGGUCUCAGCUACGCGACACAGGCGGGGACGGGUGGUGUCACGUCAACUCUUCGCGGUGGUGCUUCUCUGCGUAACUUUAACCAGGACGACUUUCCAGCGCUUAACCAGACAGGCUCGACAGAAGGACGCACAGCUGAAGAUGGAUUUCCGCACGGAGUUGCCGAACAGGUUUCAGCAGCAGCAGCACUCCAGCACCAACAUCAGCAACGCGAACAGCAUCGACAGAGCUUGUUGGGCUCCGUAGUUGGUGGUGCACGAAACGAUGUAUCCUUGUCAGCAGCGAGAGGUGGUUUCGGAGAACCCGACCGCAACUACGCAACCAAGCUUGGUGUUGGGCCUCCUGGACCAGGGUUGGGUGUGCAGCAGCAGACAUGGGCGCCACCAGGCUCGCUGUUUGGUGGCAACAACGGAGCAGCAGCGCCGAAUCAGUUGAACGGGCUGCAACGCUCUUCUUCGCCUUCAUCGGCACGUUCGCCUCUUUCGAGCGUCCGCAACGCAGCUGGCAAUUUGGGUGCCUCGUCGCCGUUGACUGACAAUGCUUCGACUCGAGCCGAUUCGAUUCAGACGGCUGCUGGCACUUUGGCUCAGCCAGGUGCGAUGGCGCAAACACCUGCGCAGCAGAUCCUCACCUCGCCGGCGGACCGCUUUGGAUUGCUCGGAUUGCUCGCGCUGAUCAAGUCAUCGGACCCGGAUCUCUCGAUGCUUUCGAUGGGAGUUGACUUGCAAACGUUUGGCUUGACGCUCAACCAGUCGGAUCCACUGCAUCCGUCCUUCAUCACGCCAUGGUCGGAGAACAAUAUGCUGGCAUCUUCGCGCAUCGAGCCUGAAUUUACGCUGCCAUCGUGCUACAAUGUUCAACCGCCACCGCCUGCACAGAGUAAAAUCGCGUCGUUCUCGGACGAGACACUGUUCUUCAUCUUCUACUCAACACCGAGAGAUGUGUUGCAAGAAGUAGCGGCGCAGGAGCUGUACGCACGCAACUGGAGGUAUCACAAGGAGCUGCAUGUGUGGUUGACCAAGGAGCAGAACACGGAGCCUACACAGAAGACGCCAACGUACGAACGUGGUACCUACGUGUUCUUCGAUCCCUCGGUUUGGGAAAAGGUGUCGAAGAAUUUCCACCUCAUGUACGAGAUGUUGGAGGAGAAGGUGCCCACUCAGGCGCAGGCUUUGGCGGCACAGGCUGCCGCCCAACAAGCCGCCGCGGCCGCAGUUGCUCAACAGCAACACCAGAGGCCACACAGUCGUCAGCAGCAACGCCAUGCUCAAGAACACCAAUCGCCCGCCCCGCAAUCCCAACAGCAGCACUCGUCUUGA